AUGCGCAGUAGGCCAAGUGGCAUGCACGAGCUUGCUCGCGUUCGACCCCCCAAAGUAAAAAAGUGCCGAGAUCACAUUAAAUCUGUGAAAAUUGAAAAAGUUUCGUUGGGUUUUGCGUUCGGUUUUGGGUGUGUAUGGAGAGGAUUUUGGAUGGAAUUGUGCGUGUGUUUUGAUGAUGAUGAAUCGGGCGAUAGCAAUGCAGCGAUGAUACGUUCAGGUGAGAGGAACGUGGCCGCGGAGACGAUUCAAAGCGAAGCGAUGCGAAGACGUCGUCAAACGUCGUCGUCGACGAGCGAUCAGAACGGUGCUGCCGAUGACGAGGACGAGUGGAACGAGGACGUGCAGCAUAGCAACGUCAGAUCACCUUUGCACAUUACCUACUAUUUAAUUAUCUGUUAUUAUUAG